CCGCGGGAGCGCGUCCCGCCGCGCCCGGACCUCGAGCCCCGGACAGGAUGUGCGACAGAAAUGGUGGAAGGAGGCUCCGGCAGUGGCUGAUUGAACAGAUCGACAGCGGGAUGUAUCCCGGGCUGAUCUGGGAGAACGAAGAGAAAAACAUGUUCCGUAUCCCCUGGAAACACGCCGGGAAACAGGAUUACAACCAGGAGGUGGAUGCCUCCAUCUUCAAGGCCUGGGCUGUUUUCAAAGGGAAGUUUAAAGAAGGUGACAAAGCGGAGCCCGCCACCUGGAAGACCAGACUCCGCUGCGCUUUGAACAAGAGCCCGGACUUCGAGGAGGUGACGGACAGGUCCCAGCUGGAUAUCUCGGAGCCGUACAAAGUGUACCGCAUCGUCCCGGAGGAAGAACAGAAAUGCAAAAUUGGCCUUGCGAAUGGGAACAGCUUGAACGAAGUCGCUGACAUGGACUGCAGUCCCUCCACAAUAGUAGAUGACCUGAUGAAAGAGUCCCAGUGUGUGGAUGAAUACCUGGGAAUAAUAAAGAGAAGCCCUUCCCCACCUCAAGAAAGUUGCCGAAACCCUCCCAUACCAGACUGGUGGAUGCAGCCAUCUAAUCCCUCAGCUGUGCCCUUGAUGAACGGGUACUCAAACUAUGAGCAGCUCCAGGUUAAUUCAGCCUACUGUCAGAUGGUGAUCAGCUUCUACUACGGUGGGAAGCUGGUUGGCCACACCACAACCUCCUACCCCGAAGGCUGCCGGAUCUCCCUCAGCCAGCCCCCGGCUCACAGCGAGAAGGUCUGCACCGACAGCCUGGAGCACAUCCGGUUCCCUUCCGCUGACGCCAUCCCCAACGACCGCCAGAAGCAGAUCACGAGGAAGCUCUUUGGGCACUUGGAACGGGGCGUCCUCUUGCACAGCAACAAGCAGGGCAUCUUCAUCAAGAGGCUGUGCCAGGGCCGGGUCUUUUGGAGCGGGAACAACCUGCUCUUCAAGGACAGGCCCAACAAGCUGGGGAGGGACGAGGUGGUCAAGAUAUUCGACACCAACCAGUUCAUCCGAGAGCUGCAGCAGUUCUACAGCAGUCAAGGCCGCUUCCCCGACAGCAAAGUCACGCUGUGCUUUGGCGAAGAGUUCCCGGACGCAGUGCCUCUGCGCUGUAAACUCAUCCUCGUGCAGGUGGAACAGGUGUUUGUUAGGCAGCUGGUGGAAGAAGGAGGAAAAUCUUACAGCAGCGGCCCGAUGUUUCCAGUCGUGGACGAUCCGCAGCAUGAGCAAAUGUUCCGGAUCUUCCAAGAUAUCUGCGGGCCGCAUCAAAGGCCGCUCUUCCGAGAAAAUCAACAAAUCGCUGUCUGAGCGGUUUUGGGGAUUUGGUUUUUUUAAGUGUCAGGGUUAGAAUAAGUCCUUUCUGGUCCCGGCACUGACUAAUCUUUGGAAAGCUUUUCAGCAGUGGAUCAAGAAGCCCAGAGACAUUCAUUUUGUAUUUUUAUUGUUUAUUUUUUGGUGCGGUUCAUGGCCGAGACGUUCCAAUAAACCCAGCGAUGCAAAAGGUUCAUUUGUUAGCAAAAGGGCUAGGCGCGACCCGUCCAUUCUGGAAAGGUUUGCCUGCUGAUCCUUGGCUUUUGUACACACAACCUCGUGCUUUUUUAUGCUGUGCUUUGUCUGCAUCCAGGAUCAGCAGAAGGCGGGACCUUGGAUGUCUUCAGUAGAAAUCGCAGUACCGCUGGGACUUUUUCCGGUCACCUUCUGGCACCCCACACAUCUAGCAGUAGAUCUUAGCUUUGUUAGGAUCAGCUGAGCUAGGAUGGUUUGCAUUUGCUGAGGUUUUGCCCCUCUCUUUAAAAAAAAAAAAAAAAAAAAAAAAUACAGGUUGAGAGAACCUCAAAUAAAAUGGAAAUCUCCAGGAUCAAAGCAACCCCGUAGAGGUUGCGAUCCCGUUGAGGGCGAUGGACAGUGCAAACCUGUUUAAAAUGCUGUUGUUAGCGGCCGAAGAUUGGACGCCUGAAGACCCGUUUGUUUUUGACUAUGGAGGAGUUUUUGUCUAUGAGUACUUUGCAAUUUGGAAACAACCCCUUUACAUCCAGUAUAAAACUAUUGAAUAUAGGAAACUCUGAUUUAAAAAAAAAAAAAAUGUUCCUAGCCAAAGAGAGUUUUAUGUAUACAUACGAUAUGCAAAAUAAUGUUCAUUUUAAAGUUUGUGGCAAAAUGUUACUAGGUUGGCUUUAACCUCAGGAGUGCAUGUGCUCCUCAUUUGAGAUGGGUACAUGCUAGGCAGGGCAUGGGUAUAUGCAAAUCCUGACUAACAUGCUUUCUGUGCAAUUGGAGCAGGUGUAUUUCUGCAACGUCUGACGUGCGUGCUUUGCAGCUGAGAGCCCCAAGCAGUCCCUCAUGUGAAUUUCUACUAGGCUGCAUAUUUAUUUUUAUGCCUGAUUUAUAAAAGUUUUUUGGUUGUUUUUUUCCUUUUACAAUUAAAGUACUCUAUUUUUUAAA